UUACAUCACAACGUCGUUGUUGCCGCGACCGAGCUUUGUCUACUCGCAUCGUUAGAACGUGGGAGGCUGGGUGUUCUCAAAUCUCAAUAGUCAGUUCUAAAAGAGCAUAACAUAGGGAGGGAGAAAAAGGAACAAUGGAUAUAGCUGUCCUCUUCUUCAGUUUGAGUCCGAAGAUGAUAGUAAAUCGCAAGAAGCUCGUGGGUGGCAAUGCUCCAAAACUUACUUACGGAAGCUCUGAUUUUUCACGUCAUUUCAGAUUCGAUUCUCGAGAAUUUCGCGCAGGGUAUCCGUGCACUCUGAAUACUCAAAGGAUAAGUCAUGAACAUCUUCCUCCUGUUUGUGCCAUAUUAUCAGAUGUGGAAGAUGUUGAAGUUUCUUCUCAAUUGGAUGAUUUCUCUGUCACUAGAUCGAGGGUCAGUGAUGCUAGAGAACUAAUGAUAAGUGUUGAGGUCUUUGGUGCCAGAACUAAAGCAAUUUUUGAGAGUGUUUUUGACAAAAUGGUCGCUGCAGCCCAGCCGAUCCCUGGCUUUAGAAGAGUAAAAGGAGGAAAAACACCAAAUAUACCAAGAGAUAUUCUGUUAGAAGUUCUUGGACCUUCUAAAGUUUACAAGCAAGUAAUCAUGGAAGUAAUCAACUCUACCAUUGCUGAAUAUGUAGAAAAGGAAGGUUUAAAGGUCGGCAAAGACUUGAGAGUAGAGCAAAGCUUCGAAGAUCUCGAAGUAACAUUCGUGGCAGGUGAAAAAUUCAGCUUUGAUGCAGUCAUUCAGCUUCAAGAAGCGAACUGAAUAUCAUGUGAACUUGGAUUUCUAUCACAGAUUGUGUAUAUGUUUAAGUAGAUUCCUUUCCCAACUCGUGCUGAGGGUGUGCACUCCCCGGAUUAGCUGAUAAUUUGUUUUGGGACCCAAUAAAAAAAAAUUAAACAAGUAGAUUCCUUUCCUUCCAUAA